AUGAUUGGAAUUGAAUUUUUUUUAAUUUUCUCGGUAGUAAGUCUGAUAACUUACUUUUUUGUGCUUUAUUGGAAAAUAAAAAGGAUUCACGAAUUGGCAAUUAAACUUCCAGGACAUAAUGGACUGUCAUUAUUGUCAUCACUUCAUAUUAUAGUUACAGCAAAACGCAAGGAUUAUGUUUCGAUUGUAAUGAGCUAUGUUAAGGACGAGUAUCCAAUGACUAAAGUUUGGUUUAUGAAUAAAUUUUUAAUCCUUACAAAAGAUGCAGAUUUUAUUAAUAAAGUCUUUAAUUCACCACAAACUUAUAACAAGCCUGACCUAUUCUACAAAGGAUUUAUGACAUCCAAAGGAUUAAUCACAUUAGCUGGAAGUGAACACAAAAGACAUCGAAAAGUUCUCAACAAAGCAUUUACAUCCAAAAUGAUGCAACGACUUCCUGAAAUUUUUGAUGAAAAAGCAAAGAAAAUUAUUGGAAAUUUAAGUGAAGUUGAAGAUCGCGGUGAAUUUGAACUUUUGAACUAUAUUGGGCCAUUUUCAUUGGAAACUUUUGGCAAAAGCAAUUUAAAUUAUGAAAUUGAUUAUCAUCGAAGUGAAAUUUUGGAUGCAUAUGAACGCUACUCUUCCGUUGCUGCUGAUUUUCUACCUUAUUCUAUCAUUGGACUCAGCAAAAACAUUUUAUCGCCAACAAAGCUAGGAAGAAGAAUCAAAGAAGUGUUUCAAAAAUUCCACAUUUAUUUUGAUGAUGUUGUUAAAAUCAAUAAGGAGAAUGAAAACAACAAUAUGGUCGAAAAUACUGCAAUUGAUAUUUUACUAGAUCCAAAUAAUGGAUUUACAGAGGAAGAAGUUAGAGAUGAAUUGAUCAUGAUGAUGCUGGGGGCUUUCGAAACAUCCACAAGAAUAAUUUCAAUGGUCUUAAUGAUGGUCGGUAUGAACAAAGACGUACAACACAAGCUAGUAAAUGAGAUAGAAGAAGUCUACAAUGAAGAUAAAGAUGCAAAAUUCUCAGCUGAUUUUCUACAAAAAUUUCCAUACUUAGAAAUGGUUAUAAAAGAGACAAUGAGACUUUUUGCUGUAGUUCCUUUAGUAGCACGUGAAACAUCCGAUGAAGUUGACAUUAAUGGAUUUUUAAUUCCCAAAAAUACAACAAUUCUGAUAUCAAUUUAUGCAAUGCAAAGAGAUGAAAAGUAUUGGGGAAGUGAUGCACAUCUGUUUAAACCAGAAAGGCUGGAAAAUGGAAUGGAAUUUCCACAUGCAUGGGCACCAUUUACUGGUGGAAGUAGGAUUUGCAUUGGCUACCGCUACGCAAUGAUGGCAAUGAAAGUCUUCCUAAUAAACUUCUUUAGAACGUAUACUGUAAACUGUUCUCAGAAAUUUGAGGAUAUUGAGUCUGAAAUGACGAUGACAUUAAAUUUUUUGACUGGAUAUAAAGUUGGCAUACAUAAAAAAUAAGCAUUCAAAUUAAAUUGCUAUCAGCAAAAAACUGAUCAGGAAACUUAAAAUGACUUUUAAUAAUUAAUAAUUUUAACAACUAAAUACUUUUC